UGCAUUGUCCAUCACUUUGUUUCUUUUUGACAAGAUCCACAGAAUCUCAUACUAUUUUUCAGAAUAAGUGAUGUCAACUUGUGUAAUUUUCUUCUGUGUCCUCUCAGUCAAAACGGAAUGGGAUGGGUGUCCAUGAUGGCUCGGUUUGGAGCGAUGGUGGCCCCCAUGGUGCUGCUUCUUGGGGAGGAUUUCCCAUGGCUGCCUGGUUUUAUCUACGGAGGAGCUCCGAUUCUCAGUGGGAUCUUCGCCUUCUUUCUCCCAGAAACCCUUGCACAACCUUUGCCUGAUACUAUCCAGGAUGUGGAUGAUAGAGGUUUCGCAUGGAAAAAAGCCAAACGAUUACCUGAAAAAGAGGAUUUGGCCAAGAAGGAUCCCAGCUGUGUCCUCCUGAAAGAGUCUGUCUGAGAUGGUCACUUUACAGCAUCUAAAACAGUAUUGGAACACAAAUAGAGAUGAUCAUUGCCAUACAGAAGAGAACUUUAGAGUUAAUAUGAUGAAAACAACCAAAGGUUAUGAAGGAGUUUCCUUGAAUUUGAAUGAUAAAUGGUGUGGAGUAUCUACUUAUUUUUCUGACUGUAAUUAAUAUGUUAAAAAUAUUAUUUACUUGUACAGAGUGAGAGAAU